AUGGCCAGGCGAAACGGGGACCUCGAGUCCCUGAACGAGCGACAUGGUUCCGAAAGCUCCACUAGCAGCUAUCAUUCACAGUCGACAGUGAGAGAUGACACCAUUGAAAAUGGGUUGAGAAAUGGCCAUCGUAGCGGUGACCAGACUCCGCAGUCUGGCAGCAUGAAUAGAACCGCGUCUGGCCGACAAGCCAAUUUACCUUCACCUCCUGAGCUUUAUACAUCGAUGUUUUCUCACUCUCCCUCGAUCUCCCCGACCGAUUCACGCAAACCUAGCAUGCAAAGUCAUCGCAAAGCGUUGGCAAUCUUAGGUGCAGAUGACUUCUUCUCACUAAACUCGGGGCCGCCGCAACCACCCCCCCCUGCAUCUGGAUCCUAUCAACUUACCCUCAAUCCAAUGGUUCAUGAGCCUUUCCGCGCAUCAUGGAUGUCACCAGCAUCACCAGAUCAAACCGAACCGCCCAAUCGUAACUCCGGCACUUUCCUUCAAGAUGCGUCAGAGCAUGAGGUUUCACCAAUCACCCCCGCUUUCCGUCACGGUAACGAAAACACCUCAGGUUCCGAUAUCCAUGAUUUUGGCUACAAGGAGUUUCGACGAGAGUCUGCCGCAAGCGCAACUAGUAGUAAUUCCAAGUCAAGCCAGAAUGGUCAUAUUCGCAGGCGGCUUCAAGGAUUCUUCGGCGGCAGCGCCGGAGAUGAAAAUGGCCCUGCGGAAAGCAGUGGUCGUGAAGAUUGCGAUUCCAACAUUCAAAACCGUGAAAUACCCAUGUCACGCCAUCGGAACGACUCGACAGCGUCAAAAACCAUCUCGGAAACCUCAAAAACUCGUACCCUUUCACCGAGACCCUCGCGACCUCGAACGCCAUUACCUUCAAGCGAAGUUACUCCGUGGAUGUACCAACAAUACAACGAUAUUCCCCACUAUGGUGAGGCUCCUAUACGGAAAGAACCCACUGGCCCUGAUGUUCAGCGUUUCACGAAUGGAAAGGCAGCAUCUAUUCAUUCCGAUCAUAAAACCUCACAUAAGCUUCCAUUUACAGGACGCCGACAUUCUAGAAGCAAAGAAGGAAAACCCACUUCAUCUGCGUCUUUCGAGUCCGCUCUUCGAUCAACUGCUGCGGCCAAUGCUCAAGAUGACGAUGCAAACCCCCAUCUUCGAGAUGCUAGAGGCUUGUUGGCAAAUACCGCCAUGAGCUCAUCGAGCACUUUAGCCGGUCGCCCUACAAGCCCUGCUCCUAGUGCUCAAAGCUCUAUAAUCCAGCGCGAUACUGGCUCUGGCCAUGACUCACCAGGCCCCGUGCGUGGCUUUGUGCAUAGGAUACUUCGCAGCAAGCCUUCUACUCUGAAGAGCCUACCUGGUUCAGAGAAAAGCUUGCACGACGCCAUAAGAACUGCCGCGAAAGUGCCCAGACGCGACGCCUCGCCUUUUCGCCAUCGCCCGGGUAGUCUUGAUGAUAGUGUUGUAGGGAGACAUGGUGACAGCCUUGAGUACGACCGCAAACGAGAUGGGAAAGGCCUGGGCAUACAUGCACACAAACAUAAGAAAGGCCGGAAAUACACCUCAAACAAGUCGUCACCGUAUCGAGAGCAGAAUAUAUUCCAGCUUGAUACCAACCUCAAUGAUAUGAAAGGCAUCGUCAGUGAACCGAGGCCGCACUCUCCUAACAAUCAAACCUUUAUCUUUGACGGCAAUCUGCCGGAAGAUCGGUUACCGCAAGAACAUCAGGUUGGAGACUGGAAUGCUCCUGAUAGUUGGCAGGUCAAGAAGCAAGGUGACGAUCUUGUUCGCGCUCUUCCGGAGAUAGAUGAUGAACUUGAAGCUGCCGCCAUUCAUGACAGUUCCAGCUAUUUUAUUCGCAUCUUUCGUAUUGACUCAACCUUUGCAACACUUUCGGCUUCUCUGAACGCGACAGUCGCCGAUAUCCUUGAAUUGCUUGGGAAAAAGUCUUUCUUGCAAGACGACCUAAAGAAUUAUGAAAUUGUCAUGCGCAAGAACGAUUUAUCAAGACAACUUGAACAUGGAGAGCGUCCUAUCUUACUACAAAAGAAAUUCCUUGAACAAGUGGGCUAUUUACCAAAAGAUCGAAUCGAGGAUGUCGGCCGUGAGGAUCACAGUUAUAUCUGUCGAUUCAUAUUUCUCCCCACCAAGCUCAAUGCCUAUGUCAGUUUGGACGCCGACCCGGGGUUCAACAAGAGCCAGAAGUUUAGUCAUGUUGACCUUCAGGGACGCAGCCUUGCCACGAUACCGAUCACUCUCUACAAAAGGGCGCCAGAGAUCAUCUCAUUAAACUUGUCCCGUAAUCUUGACAUGGAUGUGCCAUCGGAUUUCAUAACCAGUUGUAUCAACUUGCGCGAGAUCAAAUUCAUGAGCAAUGAGGCCUGGCGACUACCGUCUAGUUUCCGCUUGGCCACUCGACUUACGUACCUUGAUGCUUCUAAUAAUAGGCUUGACGGGCUGGAAUAUACCGAUCUUUCUGAGCUACAUGGUCUAGUCAGCAUCAAAUUGGCAAAUAACAGAUUGUCAUCUUUACCCAGCUACUUCAGGGAUUAUUCCUCAUUGCGAAGUUUGACGCUCUCUUCAAACAACUUCCGGGUUUUCCCAGAAUUCCUCUGCAAUCUUCCCAACUUGGUCGAUCUUGAUAUCAGCUUCAACAGCAUUCGCGAAUUACCACACAUAGGUCGACUCAAACAGUUGGAGCGCCUCUGGGUGACAAACAAUAUGCUAUCUGGACCACUUGAUAAGUCGUUUCAAGGGUUGAAGAGCAUCAAAGAGAUUGAUGCUCGAUUUAACGCAAUCGAAAAUGUUGACAGCAUUAUGCGAUUGCCUCGCCUAGAGCAGUUGCUACUAGGACACAAUGCCGUGACAAAGUUCAAAGGCAACUUUCCCAAGCUACGAACACUGGUGCUUGACCAUUGUCCAAUUACGCAGUUCGAGCUGGAUGCUCCUAUACAGACUCUGACUUCGUUGAAUAUCGCUUCAGCGAAGUUGGUACAGUUAAAAGAUUCUACAUUUGAGAAUCUUCCGAACCUCACCAAAUUGAUUCUGGACAAGAACUUCUUUUCAUCACUUUCACCUUAUAUCGGAAAAUUACGUCGUCUCGAACAUUUCAGCAUGAUCAAAAAUCCUUUGAAAUCAUUACCACCGACUAUUGGUUGUCUGACAGAACUCAAACACUUGAAUUUGAGAGAAUGUAGCUUGGAACGGUUACCGUCCGAAAUAUGGUUCUGCUUGAAGCUUGAGCAUUUGAAUGUUUCCUCAAACAUUCUUGAUGGAUUUCCAAAACACACCGGUCAGCCUCCCUUACCGCCCGGCGAAUAUGUGUCGCCGUCGCCGGCGACAACACCUGGCUUGUCUAAUACUCCAAGCUAUGAGGACAUGGGAUCAUCUGAUGAUGCUCAAUCACGACGUCCAAGCCAGAACUCAAGCGGUCUGCUGAGCUUGGCGGGCUCGCCCGGCAUAGGCCGCAAUAAUUCCUUGCAAUCCGCCUAUAUUCCUGGUGGUCGCAAGGCUUCAACGGCAUCACGAGCGUACACCGAGGGAUCUAGCUCGACUAGAAAAGAUUCAAACUUCGCACAACGGCUGGCGACCACAUUCUCUGGUUCGCUUCGAAAUCUGUAUCUUGCAGAUAAUCGGCUGGAAGAUGAUGUUUUCAGAGAGUUGGCUUACCUCCCAGAAUUACGCGUGCUCAAUCUCUCAUACAAUGCAUUAACCGAAGUCCCACAAGGUUACCUCAAGAGAUGGCAGAACUUGACCGAUAUUUUCCUUUCUGGCAACGAGCUGGCAUCAUUACCUUCCGAUGACUUGGAAGAAACGAGCAAUCUUAAGACCAUACACUUGAAUGGAAAUCGAUUUCAGGUCUUACCUGCGGAACUAUGCAAAGUCAGCAAACUGGCCAUUCUGGACGUCGGUAGCAAUUUGCUUAAAUACAAUGUCUCCAAUUGGCCUUAUGAUUGGAACUGGAAUUGGAACCGUAAUCUCAAAUACCUCAAUUUCUCCGGCAAUAAAAGGCUCGAGAUCAAACCGAACAUUGCUUCUUUAGGAUCAAAUUCUGUUAACGGGACAGAUUUGACCGGGUUCAACUCAUUGACGCACCUGCGCAUCUUGGGUCUGAUGGAUGUGACUUUGACAAUUAAGACAGUUCCUGAGGAGACGGAGGAUCGACGUGUCCGUACUUCGGCGUCUCUUGCAGGCUCACUGGCGUACGGAAUGGCCGACUUCCUUGGGAAAGAUGAGCAUCUGUCUAUCAUCGACAUGAUGGUUCCUCGCUUACGUUCCGAUAACAUGGACACAUUGGUUGGCAUGUUCGAUGGCCAGUCUCAGUCCAUUGGUGGCUCCAAGAUUGCGAAAUUUCUUCACGAAAAUUUCACUCAAUGCUUUGUCGAUGAACUGAAAAGGCUAUCUCCUGAUACAGAAACUCCGCUAGAUGCACUGCGACGGGCAUUCCUCACUUUGAACAAGGAUAUGGCCGCUGCUGCAUACAAGUCCAUUGACGACAAAGAAGUCCAUCAAUUUGCUCGUGGUUCGGCUGCCGCGAAACUGCUCAAUAAGGAUGAUAUUCAUUCAGGUGGAGUUGCCACUGUACUUUAUCUGAAAAACAUGGACUUGUACGUUGCAAACGUGGGCGAUGCACAAGCGGUUCUGGUCAAAUCAGACGGGACUCUUAGACCCCUUACUUUCAACCAUGACCCCGCCGAACCCGGCGAACGAAAUCGUAUACGAGAGGCUGGUGGCUUUGUUUCGCGCAAUGGGAAAUUGAACGACGUACUUCCUGUGUCUCGAGCAUUUGGCUACUUCCCGUUAAUUCCUGCUGUCGUCGCAGCGCCUCAUACUGCCCACUUCACACUGACCGAGCAGGACGAGCUGAUUAUCAUGGCAUCUCGAGAGGUUUGGGAUUAUGUUACUUUCGAUCUAGUUGUUGACGUGGCUCGUGCUGAACGCAGAGACUUGAUGAUUGCAAGCCAAAAAAUCCGUGAUCUUGCAAUUGCGUUUGGAGCAUCCAAUAAGCUUAUGGUCAUGAUCGUUGGAGUUAGUGAGCUGAAGAAACGCGAAAGAUAUAGGAAACUUCGAAAUGCUAGUCUUUCCGUUGGUCCAUCCUCGUUUCCCGAAGAAGUGCUUCCACCGAAGCGUACCCGAAGGGCCCGAGAUGCUGUUGGUGAUUCCAGGCUCGCUCGUUUCAACUUUGUGGAUGCACCAGUUGGAGAUCUGGCCAUCAUUUUCACGGAUAUCAAAAAAUCUACCUCGCUAUGGGAGACUUUCCCAGAGGCUAUGCGGUCUGCUAUUCAGAUUCACAAUGAUAUCUUGCGUCGGCAACUGGGCAUAGUUGGCGGUUACGAGGUCAAGACUGAAGGAGAUGCUUUCAUGGUAGCGUUUUCAACAACCAGUGCCGCUCUUCUUUGGUGCUUCAAUUGCCAGACACAAUUAUUGGAAGCCGAGUGGCCUAAGGAGAUCUUGGAGCAACCGCAGUGCAAGGAACGGUAUGAUAAAGAUGGAAAUCUCAUAUUUAGAGGUCUUUCUGUCAGAAUGGGUACUCACUGGGGCGAACCGGUGUGUGAGAAAGAUCCCGUGACGAAUCGUAUGGACUAUUUCGGUCCUAUGGUCAACCGCGCUUCCCGUAUUUCAACUGUCGCCGAUGGAGGGCAAAUCUUUGUCUCUUCUGAUUUCAUGAGCGAGCUUCAACGAACAAGUGAAGUUUAUGCAGAGAGCGAGCGCUCCCUUUCUGUAAGCUCGGAAAGCGAUUAUGGAGAUCCUUUACAGAACAUUCGUAGAGAAUUGCAACAACUCAACAGUCAAGGAUUCGUUGUCAAAGAUCAAGGUGAAAAGAAACUGAAGGGACUAGAGAAUCCGGAAGCCCUCUAUCUCAUCUGUCCACAUUCUCUUUCUGGAAGGCUCGCGGCUCAGGAAGGCGAUUUCCAAGACCAAGAAGAUCUGGGCCCUCCGACUAUUAAGAAAGGCUCCCAGCUGGAUAUUCGUACAGACCAAAUCUGGCAACUUUGGGAAAUCACUCUUCGACUGGAGCGUCUGUGUGGCUCUCUCGAGACACCUGGGAUUGGUGAAUCCAAUGCUCCCUAUCGUCAGUUGAUGUAUGCAAUCCAGAGAGGCGGUGGUGAGCUGGCAGAUGCCACAAUCCUAGGUAUCGUCGAAUCGCUAAUCACGCGAACCGAAAAUUGCAUCAAUACUCUCAUCAUACGUAAUAUGAUGCGUCCAUUCAAAAGGGGAGAUUCAAUACGUGAUCAUGCGAUACCCAUGACAGAUGUGUUUUUGCAACUACAGAGCCAGUUUGCAGAAUUCCACGCUCUUAAAGAGCAUCUCAAUAUAGCAGCAACUGGCGCACCUGAUCCGUCAACUCAAAUAGGGCUCAAUUUAAAGACACCGGGUUCUCAAUCUCAAAGCAGUGGAACCAAUUCCAGCUCUUCAUCUCAUAUACGUCUUCUGCUAUCGCCACCAUCCCCCGAUCGCUGA